AUGUCAGCGGCGGACAAGUCAUCCAGACAGUCUUCUGGCGGCAAAUCUUUCUUUUCCAGGAGCAGCAAGAAGGACAAGAGAAAUGUCAGCGACGACGGGAAAUAUCUGGGAGGAGACCUCGACAAGGCAGGCUCUGUUGGAUCCCGGACGUCGCGACACACACGAGGAUCAUCUAUCGCAUCGUUGGACCGGCCUGAUUCGCCUGGCGCGGACCACAGAGGAUUGAAUAUGAUGGCGGGGGUAAUGACAUCCAUCCCAUAUGACAGUGUCGCAGCGGACGGCAGGUCUCCAAUACCGGUGGAUUACUUACCAAGGAGCGACCAUAUGCCUGCCCGGAAGGAGCCUCUGCCACAUCAUCUAAAUAAGGUAGCGGGAGAUUUCCAUCAAUAUCCAACUUUCGACGCUGCCACACCUACAAACUCUCAUAUAUCGGGCCCCCGUCCUCCACCGGGGGCUACAAACGUCACUAUGUCAUCUACCGGAAAUCGCGCGACACAGUUGCAGCAAUGGGGCCCAGGCAGGGCGAGUGGGGCGAGUGCAAUGUACAAUCCAAGAUACGAUUCCAUUUCUACGAACCAAUCCUCUGCGUACGGGCGAAGUUCUUUCGAUCAAUCUAGCGUAGAUUCGAGUACCGAGCGCUCGAGCGUCUUCUCCUCCGGAGGUUCAUCGAGGACAGUUAUGCCCACUUCCGCUGCGAGUAGCUCUUUAUCACCAUCACAAGCAUCCCACCGCGAAUCCCAUCGUCUCACGAAGCUUCCUUAUUACAACGGUUCGUCGACGUCUGUUGGUCCGGAUGGCCUCAAUAAACCCACGGAUGAUAGAGUAAUAGAGGAGAUGUUUCUGGCUUUGAUGCAGAAACGAGGAUGGCACAACUUGCCGGAUCAAGCGCGGCGGCAAAUGAUGGCAUAUCCUGCUGCAAAAAAAUGGACGCUGGUACACCAAGACCGAUUGACGGAGUGGCAAGGCGAGCAAAAGCGCCGAACGACGGCCAGACAAACAGGACAGUAUGGCAAUGCUAUGGAAAUGCUUCUCAAUGCAGAGGAAGAAGGCACACCGGAAUGGUUCGUCAGAAAGGUGAUGGAUAACAGCAUUACUGCGAAGCAAUUACAGAGUUUGGCAGUAAGUUUACGGACACAGCCUAUUGGGUGGGUGAAGACAUUUGUAGAGUGUCAAGGGCAGGUAGCUCUCACCAAUGUGCUUGGGAAGAUUAAUCGCCGGCAAGCCCAAGGCCCAGCGCCCGCCGAUGGAUCAACGAGUGAUAAGGAUCUCGACCGAGAGUAUGAUAUUGUAAAAUGCUUAAAGGCUCUUAUGAACAACAAAUUUGGAGCAGACGAUGCAUUGGCCCAUCAACCAGUUAUUGUUGCGUUGGCAACGUCCUUAAUAUCUCCACGCUUGACCACAAGGAAGCUUGUCAGCGAGGUUUUGACAUUCCUGUGUCAUUGGGCGGAUGGCCAGGGGCAUCUUAAAGUUGUCCAGGCUAUGGAUUAUGUCAAAAAUCAGCAGGGAGAAAAUAGCCGUUUCGACGCAUGGAUGCGGGUGGUCGAGGUUACAGUUGAUGGGCGAGGCAAGAUGGGUAGUCUUGUGGGUGCUAGCGAAGAACUUCGAAGUGGUGGUAUUGGGAUGGAGAAUCUUCUCAUGGAAUAUGCUGUUGCCACACUGUUCUUGAUCAAUAUGAUCGUCGAUGCUCCGGAGCGGGACCUACAGCUUCGGGUCCAUAUCCGGGCACAAUUCACAGGAUGCGGCAUCAAACGGAUAUUGACGAAGAUGGAGGGCUUCCAAUAUGAUGUUAUAGACAAGCAAAUUGAACGAUUCCGGACCAACGAGGCGAUCGAUUAUGAGGAUCUCCUGGACCGCGAGAACAGUAGCAUGAAGGAUAGCAUAGAGGGCGAGGUUAAAGAUCUCAAUGACCCCGUUCAGAUUGUCGACGCUAUCAUGCAGAAGGUCCAGGGUAGCAGAACACAAGACUAUUUUGUGUCUGCAUUGCAACAUCUAUUGCUCAUCCGAGAAAAUGACGGAGAAGAGCGGCUGCGCUUGUUCCAGCUGGUGGACUCGAUGCUUAGCUAUGUUGCCAUGGACAGGCGGUUGCCGGACAUGGACUUGAAGCAAAGCCUUAAUUUUACCGUUCAAAGCUUGCUUGAUAAGCUCCACACAGAUUCAGAAGCACGGCAAGCUCUUGAUGAAGCUUUGGAAGCCCGCCAGCUUGCCGACUCGGCAAUGGCCGAGCGGGAUGAAAUGAAGUCCCAGGUUGAGCUCGGUGCUGAAGGUAUGGUCGCCAAAUUACAAAAGCAAAUGGAGGAACAAGCACAAAUAAUUGAGCUCCAACGAAGGCAAAUAGAAGCCUUGAAGGGCGAGGUCGAAAACAUGCAGAGUGUCCGCGCUAAGGAGGCCCAACGUAACGAGCUUGAAACCAGAGAGCUUUAUCUUAUGCUCCGUGAUGCCCAAGAUGUGGCUGCUUCGAACGCUGCCAAGGGCGGAGCCGCUGGCCUAGGAGAAAGCGAUCCUUCUCAGAUGAACGGAAUCCUCGAUCGGGAGAAACUCAUGGACCGCCUUGAAAUGCAAAUCGAAAGGCAGAAGACCCAAUAUAAACUCGAAGGAAGAGUGUGGGGAGAUGCUGCAGGUCCUUCAGAUCGAUUGCGCGCCCUUCGCGAGGAAAUGGAUGGCGAUGGCUCUGAAGACCGUGCCACACCUCCUAGGGAUUUCACGAAUAGCAUGCUUGGUAGCGUUGCCAGACAAACUAGGAUACCUAGAAAACCUGUCAAUUCCCAGGAAAUCCUCGCCGAAGAAGAGGACGAUGAAGAAGCUACUGUUUUCGAGAGGCCUCGUAUCAUCGAGAUGAAGCGACCAAAGGCGGCCCCCGGAUAUCUGGAUGAGAUGAGUUCCAAAAUCAAACGUUAUGAUGCUAGCGACGACGAGGAAGGGGAUGGUGUCACAACCGGCCCCUCUCAUCCAAGCCUGGAGUCGGACUUACCAAAGACACCUAAUGAUGAAGGGGCACCCAAGGCCGAGGGAUUCAAUGGGCCACCACCACCACCACCUCCCCCACCUCCUCCCAUGCCAGGACAAACUCCAGGAUUUACAGGACCGCCUCCACCACCUCCUCCACCGCCACCUCCCAUGCCAGGGCAAGCUCCAGGAUUUACAGGCCCACCACCUCCACCUCCUCCCCCACCAAUGCCAGGCACUCCCUUAGCCCCUGGACCUCCACCACCCCCUCCUAUGCCUGGCAAGAUGGCAGGCAACUUUUUGGCUCAACAACCUGCAUACAAUGCUGCCCCAAGUAUUGGGUUACCAGUCGCUAGGCCGAAGAAGAAACUCAAAGCGCUCCAUUGGGAGAAGGUUGACACUCCUAUGACUACCCAUUGGGCAGCACAUGCUCCAACUCCAGCAGAGAAGGAAGAGAAAUAUGCCGAAUUAACGCGAAAGGGUGUUCUGGACGAAGUUGAGAAACUGUUCAUGGCUAAGGAAAUCAAACGAAUUGGAAAGGCUUCUGGUAAGAAAACUGAUAAGAAGCAAAUCAUCUCAAGUGAUCUCAUGAGGACGUUCCAAAUUUCUCUUUCAAAAUUCUCGUCCUAUUCCGUAGAAAAAGUUGUUCAGAUGAUCAUUCAUUGCGACAAGGAGGUUUUGGACAACUCGGUUGUGAUGGAUUUCUUGCAAAAGGAGGACAUGUGUAUUGUACCCGAAAAUUCCACUAAGCUCAUGGCACCAUAUAGUAGGGAUUGGACUGGGCCAAAUGCUAACAACGAAGACCGGGAGCAAGAUCCCUCAGAGCUCACUCGAGAAGAUCAAAUUUACCUUCAGACUUCUUACGAACUCCACCACUACUGGAAAUCGAGGAUGCGAGCCCUUGCAUUGACAAGGACAUUCGAGCCUGAAUACGACGAAGUGUCUCAGAAGAUAAAACAAGUUGUCAGUGUGUCGGAGUCGCUACGGGACUCUGUAUCUCUUAUGAAUGUUCUGGGCCUGAUCCUUGACAUUGGCAACUAUAUGAACGACUCAAACAAACAAGCUAGCGGUUUCAAAUUAAGUUCUCUUGCACGACUUGGAAUGGUUAAAGACGACAAGAAUGAGUCAACCUUUGCAGAUCUUGUGGAGCGAAUUGUUCGAACACAAUAUCCUGAAUGGGAAGGGUUCACUGACGAUAUCAUGGGCGUUGUCACCGCUCAGAAACUCAACGUCGAGCAGCUACAGCAGGACGCAAAGCGGUACAUUGACAACAUUAAGAAUGUGCAAAUGUCACUCGACUCUGGCAAUUUGAGUGAUCCAAAGAAAUUCCAUCCUCAAGACCGUGUUAGUCAAGUGGUUCAGCGGUCAAUGAAGGACGCCCGACGAAAGGCUGAGCAGAUGCAAUUAUAUCUAGAAGAGAUGAUAAGGACGUAUGACGACAUAAUGGUCUUUUACGGUGAAGAUCCCACCGAUGAAAAUGCCCGAAGAGACUUCUUCUCAAAGUUGGCUAUUUUCGUAACGGAAUGGAAGAAGUCAAGGGAAAAGAACAUCCAAUUUGAGGAGACUCGAAAGCGCAAUGAGAUUUCGAUGAAGCGAAAGAAUGCGCAAUUGAAGGUCAAUGGAUCGUCUGACAGUAGCGCGCCUAAUUCACCAAUCUCUACUGGAGCCAUGGAUUCGCUCCUUGAGAAAUUGAGAGCUGCUGCUCCGCAAGCACGAGACCAAAGAGACCGAAGGAGAAGAGCGCGGCUGCAGAAUCGUCACCAGGUUCGUGUGGCUUCGGGCCAGAAGAUCCCUGAUCUGGAUGAGAUACCAGCAAUUGAAGAUUCAUUAAAGAGUCCGGACUCUUUAAGUGAAGGCCCUAUUAGCCCAGACCUUGUAAAAGAAGCCACUGAAGAUGAUGUGGCUGAACGCGCUGCGUUACUCCUGCAAGGCAUGCGGGGCACGGAUGGAACUGAUGAUGCAGAGAACAACGAACGACGCGAUAGUGUACGGCGAGCGAGAAGAAGGGAAAACGCCGACGAGGAAAGAAAAGCUCGGCGAAGACGACGAGAGAAAGCGUCUACGCUAUCCGAACACCCUGAUGAAGAGGAUGCCCUUCAGGAAGAAGACACCGAGGCGCAGACAGCAGAUGCGCCGAAUGACGACGAAAAAGAGAAGCUACCCACUCCCACGACGGUCGUUAGCCCUCCGAGCCCUGAAGGCUCGGAAAAGAAACCUAUAGAGCUAGAUUGA